AUGGAGGUGUUGCAUGAUACCUGUAUUGUGCCGCCGGGGAGGCUGACAAGUGGAAGCGGUGGGCAAUAUGCAGUGUACACACCCUGGUUCAGGACUUGGGUUCGACACGUUCACGAGAAUCUAGACUUGUUGGAGCUGGUUGAAACCCCAACGAAGAAUCCCGAGUCCACGAGACAAAAGUUUGCUCAUCUCUUCCAGUGUCCAAUACCCUCAGCACCAGAAAACAAGACCCUGAGCAAGGAGGAUCGGGAACGGUUUCGGGCUUUAUGGCCGGCUGGGGAGCACGAGGCAAUGAAACGGUUGUCCAAGUUUGCAGACCAAGCCAUUGGGAAGUAUCAACAAAACCGAAACAUCCCUUCCAACCCCGGCACCUCCAGCCUUUCUGUUCACUUUGCUAGUGGCACACUCAGCGCGAGGACAGCUGUUCGGACAGCCCGUGGUCGUAACAAUACGAAAAAACUCGACGGAGGGAACGAGGGGAUCCAGACUUGGAUCAGCGAGGUUGCGUGGAGGGACUUUUACAAGCAUGUACUAGUCCAAUGGCCGUAUAUCUGCAUGAACAAGCCCUUCAAACCAGAGUACGCCAACAUUGAGUGGUCCUACAACAUGGAGCACUUUGACGCUUGGAAAGAAGGACGUACCGGAUUUCCCAUCGUCGACGCCGCCAUGCGCCAGCUCCGUUCCAUGGGUUGGGUGCACAACCGCUGCCGGAUGAUUGUUGCUUCCUUUCUGUGCAAGGACCUGCUUCUUGACUGGAGGAUGGGGGAGAAGUACUUUAUGGAGCAUCUUGUCGACGGCGAUUUUGCGAGCAAUAACGGAGGAUGGGGGUUUUCGGCAUCAGUGGGCGUGGACCCGCAGCCAUACUUCCGCAUCUUCAACCCGCUGCUGCAGAGUGAGAAGUUUGACCCUGAUGGAGAGUACAUUCGCAAGUGGGUUCCAGAGCUGAAGGAAGUCAAGGGCAAGGCAAUCCACGACCCAUAUGGGCGAGGGGCUGCCGCCUUGGCUAUCAAGGCAGGGUAUCCGAAGCACAUUGUUGAGCAUAAAGGUGCAAGAGAAAGGACAUUGGCUGCAUACAAGAAGGGAAUAGACAGCGGUCUUUGA